AGGGUGACACGGAACUCGAGUUUUUCGUGUCCUGUCCGUUUCUUGCAGAGUUUCUUUAUUUCCUCCUUGCUGCGACGUAAAAUUGUGUUACAGACAACAGAAGGCCUAACCUGUCAUCUGUGAGAAAGGAAUAAAGUUGAAAAAACUCUGUAAAAGAUACUGUAGAGGCUCAUUCCUGAGUAGAACAAACACUCAUCAGGGAAAACACAACAUGGCCGACCAACAACCCUCAGGCAGUGGUGACAGGUCACAUGACCAGCCUCCCACCAAUGAGAGCAGCUCAUCCGCUGCCAUGGCAACCACUUCUGAGGAGGGCGCUGUAGGAGGUUCUGAAUCCGCAUCAUCUUCAACGAUCUGCGACCUGAUUGGUGGAGAAGGCGUGCCUGACAACAUGUUUGCCGUGGUGCCGUUGACAUGGUGCCCGCAUCUGGAAACCAUAGCAACGCUCCCUAGCGACGGUCUGGACGCGUCGGCGCCGUGCAUUACCUGCGGUGAUGCCUCCGAGAACUGGGUGUGCCUGCACUGCUACCAGGUGCACUGUGGGAGGUUCGUGAAGGAACACAUGGUGCGUCACGGGGAGACGACGGGACACAGCAUGGUGUUGAGUUACGCUGAUCUGUCCGUCUGGUGUUACCCCUGCGACUUCUACGUACACAACGAGACACUGCUGCCCGCUAAGCGAGCAGCGCACCUCAGCAAGUUUGGCUGUCUGCCGGGGUGUUGAUUCAUAUGAUUGAUGAAUAAAGGCAUUAUAAAGACUGCAAUCCAAAUUGUAAUGAUAACUAUUCCUGUGUUGGGGCCAUCUGGCCAUUUUGGCAACAUAUUUGUCCACAAUACAAGAACUUUUGCUGUAUAUCUGGACACAGAGUGAUGAUUCAUACUAAAGAUAUUUAUUAUUUGCCAGCAAAUGCAGGAUAUUUUCUGUCACUUCUUGGUCAGUACAAGUUUAUACUGUGCACUGCUAUGGAGUCUUGAUAGGUGGCGCUGUUACAACACUUUCAACAGGAAAGAUGCAAAGAUGGAAUCAUUUGAAAUCUGAUUCAUUUUGGCAAAGUCACCUGCAGUGAUGUAUACAUGACAAUUUGUAUAUAUUUCUUUAAACACAUUCUUUUAUAACAAUUUCACUUCUGUAUGCAUGCACAUGCCUUUCAUGACAUUGUUACUAGUACUACAAGAAAUAAAGCAUUCAGAAUACAUAAUACAUACUUUGUACUUGUGUAGCUUUCUGAAUCACCUUAACAUGACUUUUUGUAUGCCUGCUAGGGAUGCGUACCUAAACCCACGUUUAGGUACAGGUCCGGAUUCGAA